AUUGCAAUAUUUGGCUUGAAAUUUAAUUAUCAUGGUGAAUAAUUUUUCAAUUUAUGUCUAUAAAUAGUCAUGAUAUUUCAUUUUUUCUGUAAGUCACAUCUCUGGGAAACAAUUAAUAAAUAUAGUUUAUUGUAUUCUACCAUGGAGGGUAAGAAAACAGCAGGACGCCAAAAAAUUCCAUUAGAGAAAAUAAAAAAAGAAGCUAAUCGAUACGCAUCAUUUUCUAAACGUCGUUCAGGCUUAUAUAAAAAAGCCAGUGAACUUGUAAGAGAAUGUGGUGUCGAUCUUGGAAUAGUUCUUUCUUCUCCAACUGGUAAACCGUAUUCAUUUGCUCAUCCGACUACUGAUGCAGUCAUUGAUCGUUUUAUAAAUCCCACCAGAGAAUUAGACCUAGGUGCUCAACUCGUUGCUGCGGAGGUACGUAACAGUGUAAUUCAAAACAACGGUAGGCUAAAUGAAUUUGAUGCAAGAGAAAAAGCCGCAAAGGAAAAAAUACGUUCUAUAGACCAAAUGAACGAGGCUAGAACUAGAGGUUGGUGGGAGUCCAUGGACCAAUUAAAUGCCAAGGACAUAACCAAGUUUGAAGAUUUGUUAGAUAUCACUAAGGUUUUCCUGAAUGUCCAAUUGAAGCAGCUAGAAAAUGGAGCUUCGUACUUCCUACAAUCCCCACCAGAGGAUGCAGAUAAUUGAUCUAGUGCUUUAUAAAUAUCAUCUUUAGAUAAUAUCUUUUAUCGAAGCCCUAUGCAACAAAUUGGAACUUUAAAUUUAUAUUAUUAUGUGUGCUUUAAUUUAUUCUUUUGAUGUUGUUAG